AUGCCUCAACUAUUCUUCAGUAAUCUUCCCGAACUCCCAAGAGAGAUCAUUGACCGAAUCCUCCGCUACUGGAUUGCGCCGCAGGAAAUCACCCUUGGAAAUGACGGAACCCUUGUUCGAUACGCAUGCUCCACUGAUGCCCUCGCUGCAUCCCUCCCUCCUGCAAUUUGCGAAGAGUACUGGCGUGUCCGCUACCUCUCCUGGCUCAACGACGCGAAGACAUUCACAAAUACCAGUGUCUUUUACCUAGCCCACCACAUCCUCUCCCAACACCCCGAAGCUAGACCUCACGCCCUUCGCCUCCCCACUCAGGGCACAACCAUACGACUAUCCGACAGCGUCCAAGCACUCAUCCUGACCCCACACCCCUUGCUCCGCAACCACGGCCUAGAAAAGAUCAUCCUCGAUUUCGAGGCAAGCAAUUACUUCGAAAUGUUCGACGUCCGCCUGCCGCCCUUCGAUGUUCCCAGCGAGGACGACCCCCAAGAACAAGGCAUAGCGUUCAUCCUCCAGCACUGCCGAGACCUCACUCUGGUCUUCGAUCACGCAUAUCGCUGGGCGCAUCCAUGGCUGGGUGUCGAUCAUCCCAACUGGCAGGAGGCGCGAUAUAGGCCGCGUGUAUGCGACAUGGGCAAAGUCAUCGACAUGAUCCUGGAGGCGGGGUGGCGGAACGGAUAUUUACAGCACAUUGGCAAGAUUACGCUUGAAGGGGGGAUUCAGGGGUGGGUCAGGACAAAGUGGGAGCGUAUUUUUGCCGAGGGCGUGUAUGAGGCGAGGAAUGUGCGUACGGUGGAGAGGCCAUGGGAGGUAUAUCCGCCGGCGUGUGAGUGUAAGAGUGGGUGUUGGGAGAUUGGAGUGAAGAAAAUGUGGUAG